CCUCCCUCGGGCUCAGGCAAGAGCCAGGAGGCCCACCCGUCCAGACACCCGUGGGGCAGCAGAGCUUUGCCGAGGAAGCCUCCCUCAGCCUCUGUACUGAGGCUCUUCCUUGUCCUUGCUCCAGCUGCAGGCCCAAGAUGCCAGCUGUCCAGCUGCUGCUGCUGGCCUGCCUGGUGUGGGGAGCAGGGGCCAGGGCAGCCCAGCUCCGCAAGGCCAAUGAUCGGAGUGGCCGGUGCCAGUACACCUUCAGUGUGGCCAGCCCCAAUGAAUCCAGCUGCCCCGAGCAGGGCCAGGCCAUGGCGGCCAUCCAAGACCUACAGAGAGACAGCAGCACCCAGCAUGCAGAGCUGGAGUCCACCAAAGCCCGGCUCAGCUCCCUGGAGAGCCUCCUCCACCGGCUGAACUUGGACCAGGUUGCUGGGCCCCAGGAGACCCAGGAAGGGCCACAGAGGCAGGUAGAUGCCCUGAGGAGGGACCGGGACCGGCUGGAGACCCAAGCCAGGGAGCUGGAGGUGGCCUAUAGCAACCUCCUUCGGGACAAAUCAGCACUGGAGGAAGAGAAGAGGCGACUGGGGCAGGAGAACGAGGAGCUGGCCAGGAGGCUGGAAAGCAGCCUCCAGGAGGCGGCGAGGCUGAGACGGGGCCAGUGCCUCCAGGCCCGGGUCCCCUCUCAGGACAUUCUGCCAGGCGCCAGGGAAGUUUCUCAGUGGAAUCUGGACAGUUUGGCCUUCCAAGAAUUGAAGUCAGAGUUGACUGAAGUUCCUGCUUCCGGAAUCUUGAAGGAGAGCCCGUCUGACCGUCCCAGGACUGAGGAGGGAAACAAUGGAUGUGGACAACUAGUUUGGGUGGGAGAGCCUGUCACUCUGAGGACUGCUGAGACGAUCACUGGCAAGUAUGGAGUGUGGAUGAGGGACCCCAAACCCACGUACCCCUACACCCGGGAGACCACAUGGAGAAUUGACACGGUUGGCGUAGACAUCCGCCAGGUCUUUGAAUACAACCGCAUCAGCGACUUCGUGCAGGGCUAUCCUUCAAAGGUCCAUGUGCUGCCCCGGCCGCUAGAAAGCACAGGCGCCGUGGUGUAUGCGGGGAGCCUCUAUUUCCAGGGCGCUGAGUCUAGAAGCGUGAUCAGGUACGAGCUGAAUACUGAGGCAGUGAAGGCUAAGAAGGAAAUCCCUGGAGCUGGCUACCAUGGACAGUUCCCAUAUUCUUGGGGCGGCUACACAGACAUUGACUUGGCUGUAGAUGAGAGCGGCCUAUGGGUCAUUUACAGCACCGAAGAGGCCAAAGGCGCCAUUGUCCUCUCCCAGCUGAACCCAGAGAAUCUGGAACUUGAACGAACCUGGGAGACUAACAUCCGUAAGCAGUCAGUCGCCAACGCCUUUGUCAUCUGUGGCACCUUGUACACCAUCAGCAGCUACUCCUCAAACGACGCCACUGUCAACUUCGCUUAUGACACAGCCACAGGGAGCAGCAAGAGCCUGACCAUCCCGUUCAAGAACCGCUACAAAUACACCAGCAUGAUUGACUACAACCCCUCAGAGAGGAAGCUAUUUGCCUGGGACAACUUCAACAUGGUCACCUACGACAUCAAGCUCUCCAAGAUGUGAGAAGUUCCAGGCCUCACCAGCACAGGCAAAAGAUCAUGACAUCCAGGGCCCUGAAGGGGAUCAGAGUGAAGGAGAGCCAGCCAGCCAGGCCCACGUUUCUCUCUGCUUUCCAGCUUUCACUAACCUAGGAGACUGUGUGUGCUCACCAUCGACCACACAAGGACAGCAGUCUGCAGGCUUAGACAGCUUCAUGCUAUGACAGGUAUUCUUUUCUUCUAUCAGCUUGGGAAGGACUGUUUAUCCAAAAGAGUCGAAGUUUUCUGGCAAUUUAGGGAAAGAGAUACAAGGCCUAGUAAUUUCUUUAUGAAAUCCUUGCUCUUGCAAUUUGCAUGGUUCCCAUAGGCCAUGCUCAAAAGCAGCCCUUCUAAAGGAAGAGGGAAAGCCAGGAUUGAACGUAUAUGUAAGGUGUGUUUGAUAUGAUUAGCUGCAUGAUUCAGAUACAACUCAGCUGGGCAUUAUAUAACCCGUUGCCCUGUGAAAUAAAGGCAUCUCACCACA